AUGAUGCGCCCUCAAUUGGCAUCUGCACUUCGGGCUGCCCGUUCAGUUAACCGGGGCUUCGCCACAGCGUCCCCCGUCACCUCAGCGGUGCGCAACCACAAAGUCGUGGUCAUUGGCGGAGGCACGGCUGGUCUGGCCAUCAGUCAUCAGCUGCUGCGCUCCGGUCGUUUUGUCAAAGAUGACAUUGCCGUUGUUGAUCCUGCCAUCUGGCAUCACUACCAGCCUGGUUGGACGCUGGUCGGUGGUGGUGUGAAGACCCGAGAGCAGUUGCGCCAGCCGCUCCACGGCCUGAUCGACCCCAAGCUCAAGUUCUACAACGAGAGCGUUGGCACAUUUUCCCCGGAGGAAAACUACAUCACGCUGGGCAACAGCAACAAUAUCAACUACGAUCAUCUCGUUGUUGCUCCGGGUAUCGCCCUCGACUUUGGGAGCACCAAGGGCUUGUCUGAGGCGCUGGCAGCCCCGGACUCUUCUGUUUCGACUGUCUACUCAUACGAUACCUGUGCCAGUGUAUUCCCCUCGAUUGAGAAACUGCAGAAGGGUUCUGCCAUCUUCACCCAGCCCGCCGGUGUCAUCAAGUGCGCUGGUGCUCCCCAGAAGAUCAUGUGGCUCGCGCUCGACUACUGGAAGAAGGCCGGAUUGUACAACCCCAGCAACCCUGCUGCUUCACCCAUCAAGAUCUCGUUCGCUACCGGCACCCCAACCAUGUUCGGUGUCCCCAAGUACAGUGCUAAACUUGAGGAGCUACGCAAGGAGCGUGGCGUUGAAGGGCUCUUCCAACAUGACCUGGUCGCCAUCGAUGGUAAGAAGGCCACCUUUGCUCGACCAAACGGAGAAUCCAAUGUCACCAGGGAAUUUGAUCUCCUGCACGUUGUGCCAAAGAUGGGACCCCACGGGUUUGUCAAGAACAGCGCCCUCGCCAACCCGGCCGGCUAUGUCGACGUUGACGACGCUACCACCCGCCACAAGAAGUACGGCAACGUCUGGUCCGCUGGUGACGCAUCCAGUCUGCCUACUUCCAAGACGGCCGCUGCAGUCACAGCUGAGGCGCCCGUCCUCGUCCAGAACUUGCUCCGCUCCAUCGAUGGCAAGGAGCCCGACGCGGCAUACGAUGGGUACACCUCGUGCCCGCUCACGACAGAGUACGGCAAGGUCCUCCUCGCAGAAUUCAAGUACGGCGGAGUCCCGAAGGAGACAUUCGGCAACUGGUUCGGUAUCGACCAGGCGAUCCCGCGAAAGGAGUUCUACCUGCUCAAGAAGCACUUCUUCCCGUGGGUGUACUACGAGUCGAUGCUGAGUGGCAAGUGGGGAGGACCCAAGGGCUGGCUGUAA